CUUCCUCUUCCUUGGCUGCUUGAGCCUGUUUUUUCGUUGUAUGCAAAGCCAGUUUGUCCCUUUGCUUUUUUGAGUGGUCGACUUGUGCAGUGCAGUGAUUGAAAGCAUUGUGACACCAUGGCGUCCUUGGCCAAACCAACGGGUGUUUGGGCCGAUAUCAAGGAAUAUCGACGAGCAUAUACUCUUACGGCUGUGGCGAGUUUUGGUGGAAUGUUGUUCGGAUGGGACACAGGUUUGAUCGGUGGCGUCUUGACCAUGGACUCGUUCAAGAACUCAUUCGCCCUCACAAAUUCCCCUGCCGCAUAUGCCGACCUGUCGGGUAACAUUGUAUCUGUACUCCAAGCUGGUUGUUUCGUUGGCGCUGCUGCCAGCUUCUGGGUAUCUGAUACGUUUGGUCGAAAGUCUGCACUGAUAUAUGCCGAUAUUAUCUUCAUCAUCGGCAGCUUGCUUCAGACUUGUAGUGCUAUUGGCAACCAAUCGCUUGCUCUGCUCUACGUCGGUCGAGUCAUUGGAGGAGUUGGUGUCGGCUUGAUAAGUGCAGUAGUGCCAACAUAUAUUGGUGAGAACGUCAACAAGGAGAUCCGAGGACGAUGUAUUGGCACUAUGCAGCUGUUCAACGUCACAGGCAUCAUGCUGUCGUACUUUGUCAACUACGGUGUGACACGAUCCAUCUCAUCCAGUAAUGAUGCCCAGUGGCGUAUACCGUUCGCCCUCCAGAUGCUUCCCGGGGUGCUCCUGUUCGUCGGAAUCCUGUUCCAAAACGAAAGUCCUAGAUGGCUUGUGGAGAAAGACCGACAUGACGAUGCCGCUCGUGCACUUGCACAUGUUCGAAGCUACUCACAUGAUGAUCCUGUUGUUACAAAAGAGCUAGGCGAGAUCGUGGCCGACUUCCAGAGCCAUGAGAAGAUAUCUUUGUUGGGACAACUUCGGACUGUUUGCUCUGACAGAAAAUAUCUUUAUAGAUAUUCGAUGGCUAUCAUCUUGAUGAUGUUUCAGCAGUGGACAGGCACCAACAGUAUAAAUUAUUACAGCCCGCAGAUCUUCGAAUCGAUCGGCCUAGGAUCAUCUGCCGGACUGUUCGCUACAGGAAUAUACGGCGUAGUCAAAGUCGUCAUUACCGCCUUGGCCUUGGCUUUUAUGACUGAGCAACUCGGUAGAAAGUGGAGCUUGAUCAUUGGUGCUCUAGGCCAGGCAUUUGCAAUGUUCUACAUCGGCAUCAACCAAGCUGUCAACCCAGUGGUGGAGGGUGCUGCUUUAGAUCGGAACAGCAUCUUUGCCAUCAUAUCUGUUUACUUGUUUGUCGUCUUUUACAGUGUCGGAUGGGGUCCGAUCCCCUUCAUCCUUGCUUCCGAGACGAGUCCCAAUCGUGUUCGCUCUCUUACCAUGGCAUCAGCAUUGAUGUGCCAAUGGGCCUUCAACUGUGUCAUCGCCAGAAUAACACCCGUAAUGCUUAACAGCAUCACCUACGGCACGUUCUUGAUCUUCGGCAUCUGCUGCAUCCUGAUGACCAUCUAUACGAUCUUCUGUGUUCCCGAAACCAAAGGUGUACCCCUCGAGUCAAUCUCCCUCCUCUUCGAAGGCAACAUCAUCAAAGGGGCCACUUACGACACGAUACCCAAACACUCACGAGCAAAGAAACUGCAAAAUGCGACGAAUGUCACAGACGAAGAUGAGGGUAACAAAGGAGAUUUUCCCAUUCACGUUGAGAGGGCAAAGGAUGUUUAGCUAACUUUUGUCCUUUUUCUUCCUGAAAUUACAGAACAGGUACCUUUGAUGCGUUGAUGAGAUACGAUUCUGCAAGUAUACAUGAAGGAAGUAUUUAGUGUGGUUUGAGAAUUGGUGGAGGGAUGGGAGAGUUGCUAAAAGUCGAACGUAGCAGGCUGGAUCUGAAUCUCUACUGCACGACCAAGAGAGGUGAUUAGGACAGAUCUGUUUAUAGAGCUAGAACAGUGCUGUACCAUCCUAGUCUUGCCCACGGUGCAGCCAUGAGUCCAUUGUUGGUUGUAGAAG